AUGGACGCGUCUUCGCCUGCUCUCUCCCACCUAAGUCCGCGAGAUCGCGAUCUCUUCGUCGAAUACGGACGCGGCGAAUCCAUCGAGGUCCCCUUCUCCUGCGUUCAUCAUGCAUUCGAACAUCAUGCAGCCCUACAACCCGACGCCGUUGCAGUCGAGCAUCUAGGCGAAUCAAUCACAUAUGCCCAGCUCGAUCGUAGCGCGAAUGCUCUCGCCUGCAGAUUGCGCGCUGCAGGAGUUGUGCGAGGCACCAGAGUGUGCCUGUUGGUUCAACGUUCCAUUGCCAUGGUAGUGGGCAUCGUGGCUGUACUGAAAGCCGGCGGCGCCUACGUUCCCCUAGACGGUUCGCUGGUCACCGACUCUACAUUGCAACAUGUUCUCACUGAUUCGGGCGCUCUGCUCGUCUUGACGCUGGAGGAGUUCCGCCAUCGUUUGCCCGCCGAUACACCCCUUAUAUGCCUUGAUGGAUGUAUCAACCGCGAAGAGCAAGAAGAUACGCCACGCCUCGUAGCCGCGUCCGAGUCGUCCGAUAGCGUGUACAUCAUCUACACCUCAGGUACUACUGGAAAGCCGAAAGGUGUCGAGGUCUCGCACGGCAACGUCACGAACCUCGUUUGCCUUGCCCCGGGUAAUCUGGGUAUGCAGUCCGGAUCCCGCGUAUCUCAACUUUUGAAUAUCUCAUUUGAUAUGGCUGCUUGGGAGACCCUCGGCUCGCUCUGCAAUGGCGCGACAUUAUGUAUCCGCGGCAAGACCUCUAAGGAGUGGCGCGCUCUUCUGAAGACGGUGGACAUUGUCAUUGCGACACCUUCCAUGAUGGUGCCCCAUGACCCUUCCGACUAUCCCAAUAUCAAGACCGUCGCCGUUGCCGGCGAACCAGUGCCUCAGAGUCUCGCGGAUGCAUGGUCUGCACAUGCGCGUUUUUUCACGAGCUGCGGGCCAACCGAGAUCACCAUCGUAAACACCGGACGUGAUCAUGUCAAGGGCAGCAAGAUCAACAUCGGCCCUCCAACUCCGAACAACAAUGUCUACGUACUCGACGAAGACAUGCGACCUUUGCCCAUUGGCGAAACUGGACUUAUGUGGGCCGGAGGAGCGGGCAUCUCGAAGGGCUAUGUCAACUUGCCAGAGAAGACCGAGGAACGGUACAAGCCAGACGUCUUCGUGAAUGACGGAAGCUUCAUGUUCAACACAGGGGAUUUAGGCCGCUGGAACCCGGACGGCACUCUCGAGCACUUGGGGCGCGUCGAUGAUCAAGUCAAGGUCAAGGGCUUCCGCGUCGAGCUUGAUGGCGUUGCAGCCGCCGUUCGCUCACAUCCCUCCGUCAAACAUGCCGUUGCGCUCCUGGUUAACUCACAACUUUGGUGUUUUGCGACCCCGGAGACCAUCGACAAAGAUGCGGUGCUUGCGUCAGCGGCAAAGAUACAGCCGUAUUAUGCCGUGCCAAGCCAGUUUAUGGCACUCAGGGAACUUCCAUACACUGCAAAUGGGAAGAUUGACAAACGGGCUUUGCGUGAGAUCGCCACGGAGCCGAUAUCCGACAAGGAGAUCCUAUCACCUGUCGAGCGGGCCGACCGCGACGGCCUCAAGACCAUCGCAUCCUUUGCGGCUGCACAGAUUCCGGCAUCGUCUUCGGCGAGCUCUACCACAGAAUCCUCCUCCGAUCAGUCGUCGGUCUCUGACUCUUCGAGCCUGGAGAAGGCGUCUGCCCUUGAGAAAGGCGAGCUCGUUCCAGAGUACGACCUGCCCGAGAAAAACCAAGGACACUACACGCGCAACCUUCGUCACCAAAUCUUCACACUCUACCGGAGGCUCUUCGGUGUCGUCUUCGUCGUCAACGUUAUCGUGUUCGUUGCAUUAUUCGGCAUGGGCCGCCACGCGUCAAACCACCUUGGCCUUGUCGUCAUCUCCAACCUCUUCUGCGCGAUCCUCAUGCGGCAGGACUACGUUAUCAAUGCGUUCUUCACCAUAUUCUGCGCCGUUCCUACCUCGUGGCCAUUGGCAAUCCGCCGAGUAUGCGCACGAGUGUACCACAUUGGCGGUUUGCAUUCUGGAUGCGCCGUUUCUGGGACGCUCUGGCUCCUCGUGUUCACGGCGCAAGCGACGCAAGAGCUCGCAACUGGUGGCCCAGCCUCGGCGCUCACCGUGGCAAUCUCCUACUGCAUUCUCUUGCUUCUGGUCGGAAUCAUCGCAUUGGCUUGGCCGCGUUUCCGCCAGAUCUUCCACAAUCGAUUCGAGGCAAGCCAUCGGUUCCUCGGCUGGACAGCGACAGCGCUCGUAUGGAUUCAGGUGGUCUCCCUCAUCAACGAUUAUCGCCUCCCAGGCGAGUCUCUCGGACAUGCCGUAGUGCAAGCCGCCCCGUUCUGGCUGGCAGUGGUCCUUACGCUUUCGAUCCUUUUGCCGUGGCUUCGGCUUCGUCGUGUACCCGUCAAAUCGGUGGUACUCUCCAAGCAUGCUGUCCGGCUCUAUUUCGACUAUGUCACUCCUGUCCCCGGUAGCUUCACGCGCGUCUCCGACAGCCCGCUCACUGAAUGGCACGGGUUCGCUACGGUGCCAGAGCCGGGCAAGAAAGGAUACUCCCUCGUCGUCUCUCGCGCAGGUGACUGGACAUCAAAGCAGAUCGAGAACCCGCCGACGCAUCUGUGGGUACGCGGCAUCCCCACGUGUGGCGUCCUUCGCAUCGUGCCUCUUUUCCGCCGUGUAGUGUUCGUUGCCACUGGUAGCGGCAUAGGGCCAUGUGCACCGUGCAUACUCGAGCAGCGCGUGCCGAUCCGCCUGUUGUGGACAUCUCCGAACGUGCGACAGACGUUUGGGGACGAUCUCGUGGACUCGAUCCUCGCUAAAUCUCCAGGUGCUGUAAUCCAUGAUACUCGUACUCAAGGCAAGCCGGAUAUGGUCAAGAUGACCUACCAGCUCGUCCGCGAGUUCAACGCGGAGGCUGUGUGUAUCAUCUCCAACCAAAAGCUCACGCGCAAGGUGGUGUACGGAAUGAUGAGCCGCGGUAUUCCAGCUUUCGGCGCCAUUUGGGACUCAUAG